CUGUCUGAAGUUAACGCCCUCAAAUACCACAAGAGGUCAUGCAACAAAGAAACGUCACAACAUGUUCUGAGUCUCAGCUUCACUCCCCCGCUUCUCUGUCGUAAAUUUUCCGAAAAAUCAGUUGCACAGCCCGGCUCCAGUAAUCCAACAACAUCUUUCCUGGAAAUCACCUGAGGAACCUGUGAAGUGUCACAGAAAAGGACAGAUGAGAGGAGAGGGCAGGAGAGGAAUCUUGUGGAUUUGUGAAAGCUUGGAGUUAAAGACAACAAGCACCUUUCUCAUCUGGAGCAGUUGUGGUGGCGCCAUAAAACUCUGAUUCUGUGCCAAUAGCAAGCUGUAGGAUAUCUGGAUGUCCACAAACUCUAACGUUAACAGGCCCACAGUACCCCCCAGACCACAGGUCCCUCCUAAACCUGAUCUCAGGGGUGCGCAAUGGCGGAGGUCCACCGACAUCAUCGUCAGGACAGAGGCGGGAGAGGAGGGAGCGCAAGACCGGAAGCGACAGCUGGCCAAGCACAAGUCCUUACCAGCUGUGGUCAAUGGGAGCCUUACACUGAGCCAGUCAGCUGGUCAAAACCCUGGUCAAGCCAACACACAGGAAACACCAGCCUCUCCAGUCAGAGUUAGACCAAUACCCAAACCACGUCGACGGAAGACAGCACAAAACAGUCUAGCUCUGUCUGAGGGCAGUGCUGACCGAGAGAUGUCUAUUCUUGAAUCUCAGUCAACAAGAAGCAGCGCAUACAAUCCCAGCGAGACUACCGCGACCCAGUCCACCUGCCACUCAUACUGUCCUUGUGCCUGUCACCGCACGCCUGAAUCCACACCCAAGUGCGAUGCUCACAAGCUAUCCUACAUGCCCCCUCCACCAGAGGACAACACCAUCCACCUAGAGUACUGGCACAUCGUCCAGCCUGGAAAGAGGAAACCUAGCCGUACCCCUCCCUCCAUCCCACUUCCAUGUCUCCCGCUGCGAGAAGUGCCAGAAUCAUUGCUACCAACGACAGGUGAAUCUGAGGAGCCUGAUAUAUUGGAGCCUGUAUAUAUGGAGGUGGCCUCCGACGACGAGGAGCACAGCAGUCAAAUAACAAGUAAUCCCACAGAAUCAUCAAUUCAGUCUGUUGAGAUACCAACAUUUCAGAAUGGAAACACCAGAUCUUCUCCGUGUCCUGGGAGGAAGUCUUUGCCAUCAAUGAUGAAUAUGAAUUGCAAAAUCACUGACAAAAUUCAUCCUGAUCAUCAAGACAUGGAUGGAAUUCCCAAAAAGGUCUACCAACACUGUCAAGAAGAGAAACAGAACACUGAGUCAGUAAAAUCCAAAGGGAAAAGAAAGAAGCUCUCCCCUUUGGAACUUCUGCUGUCCCCAUUUCAGAGUAAGCAUCAAGCAAAGCGGGUAGCAGACCAGAAGGACUCCACAACCACCUGUGACAGCCAAAUGUCUUCAACGGAGGACAAUCUACAGGAGCACUCUCCCACAGAAAUAUCUGUGUCAAACCCAGACAAGAAACCUGGAGUUCAGGAGGACACGUGUUUGUCUUCCUCAGAGGAGGAGACUGAGAGGCGCAAAGUGGAGGACUCAGAAAUAGUGUCCAGGAGGGGGCGAUGUCCUACACUGGAGGGGCUGUGGCAGGAACGCAGCAUAGUGAAGAAGAAAGGGAUACUCAGCCAGCUCAGCAAAGAGCAGCUCCUCCUUCAAGAGUGCUUGUAUGAAGUGGUGACCACAGAGCACACAUACUUGAAGAGUUUAGAUGUAGUUGUUGAGCAUUUCCUGGAGUCCCCAGAGCUCAACCAAGUCCUAGAGCCCAGGGACCGCAAGUCUCUCUUCUCAGGCAUCUCCAAGAUCCGACAGAUGAGUCAGAACUUUCUUCAUGACAUGAAGGAGGAGCUGAACUCCAACCUCUUUUGUGACACCUGUAAGGUCAUCCAGAGGUAUGCCACAGGGCCUUUCGGUGCGUAUGUUGACUACAUCCGCAACAUGCCCUACCAAGAGCAGACUCUACACCAUCUGGAACAAAGGAGUCCCCAAAUAAUAGGAAUUCUACGAAAGCUUCAAGAGGACCCUCGCUGUAACCGCCUGUCACUCAAAUCUUACCUGGUUCUCCCUUUCCAGCGGGUCACACGUCUCAAGAUCCUAGUUGAGGCUAUUCUGAAGAAAACUGAGCCAGGGUCUCAAGGUCAGGCGUCGGCUGAAGGAGCCCUAAAGGGUGUUUCCAAGAUAGUUGAGGCAUGCAAUCGUGAGGUUGGCAAAAUGAAGCAGAUGGAGGAGCUGGUGCGCAUUGCAAACAAAGCAGAAUUUGAGUGCAAGGCUUUGCCGCUGGUGUCCUCCUCUCGGUGGCUGCUGAAACAGGGGGAGCUGGCUCAGCUCUCCGCAAAGGAGAACAUCUUUGGCCAGAGAAAGCUCUUUCCCAUUUACCUUUUCCUCUUCAAUGACCUGCUGCUCCUAGCCACAAGGAAAGGGCCAGACCGUUUUGUGGUGCGCGACCAUGCCCAUCGCUCCCUUGUAGAGAUCAUCAGUGUGGAGGAUGAGGAGGACCUGGAAGGGUGCGAACGCGACAGAACGUUCCAGCUCGCCCUCCUGAAGAACCACAGAGGAGGCACCUCACAUCUCCUGUUGCAAGCCCCCUCUCAAGCAGAGAAAGCCAGCUGGAUGGGAAUGCUGACACAGAGAAAAGAUGGUGACGAAGAGAUUUAUGAGGAGUGGGACUGUCCUCAGGUCCAAUGCACCGUGGCCUACCAAGCACAGCAUCAGGGUGAACUGAGUUUACAGCUGGGUGACAUCAUUAAUGUAAUCCAGAAGACCACCGAAGGCUUUCUGGAGGGCUGGAGGGUGGAUGGAGAACGUGGUUGGUUCCCAGCAGCUUGCGUUGUGGAGAUCACCAAUGAGCAUGUGCAGAGGCGCCAUCUUCGUCAGCGCUACCAUGUCAUGCAAGCAGCCAAUCGAGUGUUGUGUCGACGUCUGGGAAAUGACAAGACAGGGACCGCCUGUUUUCGAUAGUCCUGUAAUAAACCAAUCCCUGAAUAUAGGGAAUGUAUGGCUGAGUUUACUACUGAUGACUGGUUGUGGUCAACAUCUGCUGUUUGUCUCUAAUGCCCUUGCCAUAUCUUCCAUUUUGAAAAUAGUAUCACCUGUGCUAUCUGUUACUGGGUGAAUGUUCAGCAGACAAUUCCAGCAUCAACUGUAAAAUAGUUAUGCUUGUCUUUGCCGUUUCUGAUGAAACCUGUGUGAAACCUGUUAAAAAAAAAAGUGGUCUGCCAUGCAUAGUGGGAAUGAGUUAAUUUCCUGUUAACAUGAUUUUUUUUAAACUUUAGGACCAGGGCUACAAGAAAAUACCCAUGAAGUCUAAUCUUGGGGGGGGUGCAUGUGGACCCCUACUAGCCCAUAGACUAUGUACAUCCACAAAGUAUCCAACACCACUGAGAAUCAGAUUGUGGUGAAUUCUAUAUGUCGACAUGUCCUGAGACCAGAUUAUAUUGAGACACCAUGCACUUUGACAAACAGACAUACCAACAGCCACAUUUUUUUAAUGUAUAUAUUUGUUGUUGUUGUUAUUGUUGUUGUUGUUGUUGUUGCAUAUACCUGCAUAUAAGGUGCUGGUAAUCUUUAAUGCAGUAGUCUUUCUUAAAUAAACUUUUUAUUAUAUUAUAUCAA